GUCGCACUCGUUCUAAGCUCGGCGGCACGUGCCCCUCCAAUCGACACUAUCACUUCGCACAUAUUUUAACCAACCCAAUUCCUAUGUGAGUGUUUUGUGUUCGCGAGUGCAUUACUAGUGCAUCAGAAAGAUCCAUUUAAACCCCGAGACUAUGCAUCUUAAAUCGAUCCUAUCAAAUCUACUGUUCUUUUGCGCCGUCUCUUUGAGGCUCAAACCAAUAUUUGCGGAAUGUGAGAGCUCCCAAUUUGAGUGCGACAACGGCAGCUGCAUAUCGCAGUUUGAUGUCUGCAACGGCGACAAGAACUGCCCGGAUGGCUCCGAUGAGACGGCCCCGACUUGCGUCUCCCAUCGGAGGCACUGCUCCAAGCACUUCCAGUGCACCUACGGGGCAUGUGUGAUCGGGACGGCGGCCUGCAAUAAAAUAAAUGAAUGCGCCGAUGGCUCGGACGAAACCAAGUUGCGAUGUGGCAACGAGGACGAUAUACGGCAGCACGAUCGCCUUCUUCAGGGAAAUUGCCAGAAACAAACCCGGAACAUGGCAGAUGAUGACAAUGACCAUUUCGGUGCCGUGGACUCGAUACCAUCGAUUACCUUUCCGAGGCACUGCUCUGCAUUGCGAAAGAAUGAUUUUGUCAUGCUAAAGGGACGCCCCUGCAAGAUCGUGGAUAUGUCUACCUCAAAGACUGGGAAACACGAUCACGCCGAGAUUCACCUAGUGGGCGUGGAUAUUUUCACCCAGAAGAAGUACGAGGACCUCUGCCCCUCGACCCACAACAUCGAUGUGCCGAAUGUGAAGUGCGUGGACUUCCAGCUGAUCUCCAUCAGUGACGAUGGAUUCGUCACUUUGAUGAAGGAAGGAGGGGAUCUCCGCGAGGAUCUCAAGCUCCCGGACGGGGAUUUGGGUGGAGCUAUACGCUCCGAUUUCGACAAUGGCAAGGACCUUCUCUUGACCGUUUUGGCGGCCCGCGGAGAGGAAUGCAUCAUCGCGAUCAAGAACAACACGGGUUUCGACGAAGGAGAAGCAUAAAGGGUAUUGGAUGGGAAGCAGCUGGAAUAAAUGAAUAAAACAAUGGA